GGAUGGGCUGAGGUGGGAUGGAGCAGGGGGCCAAGGUGCGAUCCAUGGCCUGGCUCCUCUUAUCUACCAUGCAGGAAGUUAUUCCCCGAUCCCCGAGUCCCUAGGGUCUUCGGCGAUGAAAGAUUCUCCAUUAGUAGAACUGUUUUCCUUAUCUGGCGCGGUGGUGGUGCUGGUGUUGUCGUCGAGACCCUUGUUGUGCGGGACACGCGGGUGCACACAAUAGCCACAGGACCGGGAUGCCAGGCACACAGAGCGCCGGUUGGCUACGUAGCCGGGGGUGGGUUGGCUGCGUAGCACUGCUGGCUCUGCCCCGACGCCGGGGUCGCAGCGACGGGGAAUCCAAGGUUGCUCGAUCCUUAUCUUAUCCGCAGGCCGCUGCUCCUUUUAUGUUUUUCGAGCAUACGAGAGCUUAUCUCAUUGAUGGAUCGAUCUCGACGCCGGCAUUAAUUUACUAGGGUAGGGCUUUCCCUUGUUCUGCGUUGUCAGGACUUGCUUUCCUCGUGCAUUUAAGUAUCCUCCGUUUUCCAUUACAUGAGGAACAUACCCUGGAGCUGGCUCUGUAUUGUUCUGUCUGUCUGUUUGUUUGUAUCUUUGUAUUUUUAGUUCUCUUCCCCCUUCUCUUCUGUAGGACUCCCAUCACCCGCUUGCAACACACAUCACUCAUACAAACAACAAG